AUGCGAACCAAUACUUGACAACAGAUUGUCUCCAUAUUGAUUUUGUCGUGUUUUCAUUAAAUAACAAAAUUACCAAACAAGUAUCUUUGUAAAAUCGUUCGGGUAGUUGAAUAAUUAACUAAAGUUCGCUGAAAAAAAGUUAAUUAAAUUCCAAAGCAAAGAUGUCCGGCGGUCCGUACAACUACAACUAUAUAUUUAAGUAUAUAAUAAUCGGUGAUAUGGGCGUUGGGAAAAGUUGUAUUCUUCAUCAAUUCACUGAGAAGAAAUUUAUGGCCAAUUGUCCCCACACAAUCGGAGUAGAAUUCGGCACGAGAAUAAUUGAAGUUGCUGGCCAGAAAAUCAAAUUACAAGUUUGGGACACAGCCGGCCAAGAGAGAUUCAGAGCAGUGACAAGAUCGUAUUACAGAGGAGCAGCUGGUGCUUUGAUGGUCUAUGAUAUUACCAGACGAUCGACAUACAACCAUUUGAGUAGCUGGUUGACUGACACUAGAAAUUUAACAAAUCCUAGCACUGUGAUAUUCUUGAUUGGAAACAAAGCAGAUCUGGAAAGUACUCGCGAAGUGACGUACGAAGAAGCAAAACAAUUUGCCGACGAAAAUGGUUUAAUGUUCGUGGAAACGAGUGCGAUGAGCGGACAGAAUGUUGAGGAGGCUUUCCUAGAGACGGCCCGUAAGAUCUACCAAAACAUUCAGGACGGUCGGUUAGAUUUGAAUGCAUCCGAGUCGGGUGUGCAGCAUAAACCGUCGCAACCGGGUCGAACCCAGCUGACGAACGACAAUCCAGCCAACAAAGAUAAUUGCUCUUGCUAAUUUGAAUAUUUUUUUUUUUAAAUACAUUUUAAGGCCCAAUCCAA